CCGGCGCUCAUUCAGCGAAAUCACUGGGCUUCACAGCAGACGCCCGAUAACUGUCCUGCCUGCAAACGUUGGAAGCAGAAGGAACCGAUACGUGUUUUUUUCUCAAGCGCUUACGAAAGCUCUAAAUGUCACUCGGUACAUCCAAGGAGCGAACGGCAUAUCUCGCACUCCUUGGCGAGGUUUUGCAGCGGCCUGGUCAUCACUAUAUUUAUCACCACGAGAUGGAGUACAGAAGUGAAAAAACAUUGCCGAUAAAGUCAAGUAUAGGCGCUGGGUUCACGGCACGAGCUUUUUACUACAACAAAGAUAAUCGGGGCAAAUCAGAGAUUAGUAUUUAUUAUAAGAGAGCUGCGCACUCGUGGUACAUAGAAAUGAAGUACGAAAACAGUAAAGUGUCUACUAUACAUAGAAGGGGAGAAUCCUUCAAUCGUUUUACUAUAUCUUCUGACGCCGAAGUAGCAAAGGACUCCUUCUACUCAUUCGCCGUUCAUUGCCUGGACGACGAACAUAUGGAGGGUUACAUAAACAAGACCUGGGUACAUAAAGGAAAUGUCGUCAAAAUCUCAGGUUACGAAUGGGACCUUACCCUCGAGAAUGAGCACCAAAAACUUCUCUCUGUACAUUUAACAUUUGAGGAUCCGCCAGCGGAACUAAAAGUAUCAGACUAUUGGGGGACGAAGUCAUACCUUAAAGACCACUGGGUUCCAACAGGAACCGUUGGAGUUUUCCAAUGUGUUUUAGUAGACAAAUCUGCAGAGCAUUGGUUAAAAAUUACUGAUGAAAAGGGCUAUGUACACCAAGUGGAGUUCCAAAGCGCUUCUUUGACGAAGGACUCUGAGCUCUGCUAUAAUAUACGCCUGUCACCCGUAGCAUACAUUGUAACUACUAGUUUUGACUACACCUCCCGGACCAUAUACGAAUAUAAAGGUGCCCAUUACAUAAAGGUGGAAUUCUCCCCUGCUGUGUACAUCAAGCGCUACGAUAUGAAAAUUCCAUACUUCACGCCUUAAUAGCCAUAGCCACAUCACUCGGAUGCUGGUCAACGUUUAAACAGAUUCAAUAAAAUUACCACUCGGUUCUGAAAACAA